UCAGAAACUCCCCUUUUGCUUAACACGCCAUAGUAUGCGGACUGAAGGAGCAACAACAGAAGCUCCUCCCUAAGAGUACAUCUGGAACAGUGGAAAAGUGGACAGGCACAUACCAUCAACAUUGUCUGAGUCUGGGAUUAAGUCAGAACAUUUUGGUUAGUAAGAGAAGCUACUUUUCUCCUGGAGACUAAACGUACAACUCCUCCACCUAACGUUGGACUGCUGGUUUUCUGAACACACCCCAGUGGUGCAAUUCUCUGAUCAGGGAGUAAAACUUCAACCUGUCCAUCAUCACUGAUUGACACCUAAUAACUGCAGGAUGCCAUUAGGAGGGGGAAACAAGUGUGGCCGCUGUCAGAAGACGGUUUACUUUGCAGAAGAGGUCCUUUGUGAUGGGCGGAGCUUCCACAAGUCCUGCUUCCUGUGCAUGGUGUGUAGGAAGAACUUGGACAGCACAACUGUAGCUGUUCGUAUGGAUGAAAUUUACUGUAAGGCAUGCUACGGCAAGAAGCACGGGCCAAAAGGCUAUGGUUAUGGCCAGGGAGCAGGGACACUCAGCAUGGACAAGGGGGAGUCUUUGGGUAUUACACAUGACGAACCUGCACCUCAUCGUCCUACCAGCAACCCGAACCCAUCCAAGCUGGCUCAGACAUUUGGAGGGUCAGACAAGUGCCCUCGCUGUGGGAAGUCUGUCUAUGCUGCAGAGAAAGUGAUUGGAGCAGGGAGUUCAUGGCAUAAGACUGGAUGUUUCACCUGUGCAUCAUGUGGGAAGAGCCUUGAGUCAACCACACUAGCUGAUAAGGAUGGAGAAAUCUACUGCAAAGGUUGCUACGGCAAACAGUUUGGUCCCAAGGGAUUUGGGUACGGAUUGGGAGCCGGGGCGCUGUCGCAUACCAAGUAACUUGGUAGAGACCACUGAGAUUUCGAGAUUUCCGUUGACUGGUUUCCAGAAAGCUGCACUACUGUGUUUUUCCUGCAGAGGGCAGACUGUUGCCAAUAAACAUGCACCUAAAAAACUGCAUUAUAAGAUUGUACAGUGAGAAAUAUAACACCCUUUCGUCCUCUUUGGACCAAAGAUCAUAACUAUUGCUGUUACAGUAAAUCGUAAUACAUAAUCCAUACAUAAUACUUAAACUUUAGGCCCUAUUUAUGUUUUUACCACUUUAAAGAUGAAUUGCAUUGCUUUUACUGUUUUUUGUUUUCCCUCUUACGUUAUUCUCAGUAUCAUUAAACAGUAUUCUAUUUAAUAUAGUAAAUGCUGCUUUUCUUGUUAUGCUUUCCAAACGGCAUGUCAUUAAAUAAAGUUGAAAGA